CGCCGUUCCAACGUUCAAGUUGCACAAUCAGAUAACCGACCGCAUCGCUUCGGCCAGCUCUGUCCUUGUCUUGUUCCUGUUUAGCGGCACCCUUGACCUUUCCAAGUUCCCGGCUUUUCUGUGAAACUGAACAUUCCCACCAACUUGUACCUAGAUAGCUCAGCUCCAGCAACGCGACCGCGACCAAGACCGAGACCGAGAAACGCCUGCCAAUUCCCCACUUCCCGACAAACCAGAACAAACCAGUUACACAGCUAGAUCCGCAGCCAUGGGUAACGACGGAGGAAGCAUCCCGACGCGACGCGAACUCGUCAAGAACGCGGCACGCAAUCCUACCCACAGCCAGGUGCGCUCGACGCAAGCGCAGACGCGGGAGUACCGAUGGAGCACGUGCCCGCUAUCGAAGAAGCCAUUGUCGGCGCCGAUCGUGUCGGACUCGGCGGGGAUACUGUACAACAAGGACAGCAUCAUUGAGUGGCUGCUGCAUGGUGUCGGCGCAUUCGGUGAUGGCGAGGAGGUGCUGGAUGGGCGCGUCAAGAGUCUCAAGGAUGUUGUGGAAGUGAGGUUCGAGCAGCUCGAGGAGGAUACGAAGGCCGAUGGAGAGAGCGCUAGGAGGUCGAAGUGGGUGUGCUCUGUUAGUAGGAAGGAGCUGGGGCCCGGUGGGAAGGCGGUCUAUGUUGUGCCGUGUGGGCAUGCGUUUGAUCAGAGUGCGGUGCGCGAGAUCGGCGGGAAGGAGGGCGGGUGUCUAGUGUGCAGUACGCCGUACGAAGACACCGACAUCAUCCCAAUCAAUCCCGACGAACCCGCCGAGAUCGAGCGACUGAAGGAGCGCGUCAGGACGCUGGCAGAGAAGGGACUCACACACGCACUCAAGAAGCUGUCCGACAAGAAGGCAAAGAAACGGAAGGCUGACGAUGCAUCCACCAAGAGCUCCAAGAAGGCAAAGGAGAAGGAGUCGAGCAUACGAAAUCCUGCGGCGGCGGCAUUGACCAACAAGGUGAUGGAAGAUGAGAAGCUCAAGAGCGAGCAGCGGAAAUUGCUGAUGAGCGAUAAUAUCCAAACGCUGUUUAGCAAGAAGGAGGAUGAACAUAAGCCCGGAAAGAAUAGGGAUUUCAUGUCAAGGGGUUAUUCGCUGCCGGCACAUAUGCAGCGGUGAGGGAUGUACGAGUACUUUCAGUUCGAUCAGCAGACAGACAUUGAUAUGAUGCCCAAGAAUUGAUAGCAAUCAGAGACUCGGCGCAGAGUGACAUACUAUGCAACUCGUUUAUCUGUAACCAGAGCACGUUAACCCCGCACCGGUCAGCGCAGCAG